CGUCGGGGCCCGGCGCUAGGCCGCCCGCGUCUCUGGUUUCCAUAGAACCGGCUAGGCUGCCUCCCCCUCCCCGGUGCGGGCUGCUUCCAGACCCUAGCUGCAGUGGAGGUGGCGGGGAGUCCCGGGGCCUGCCUUCCGUUGGGAGGAAAGUCGAGACCGUCUUUCUCUCUAGUAGAAUGGUGUUUGUCACACCGCAAGGAAAAUGGGAGAUGGUGCCACAAAGCAUGUCAUCCAGAUGACAGGAUUUAAGAUGGAAGAAAAGGAAGCUCUAGUCAAGUUACUUUUAAAACUAGAUUGCACUUUUAUUAAGAGUGAGAAAUAUAAAAAUUGUACACACCUUAUAGCUGAACGCCUGUGCAAGAGUGAAAAAUUUUUAGCAGCUUGUGCAGCAGGAAAAUGGGUAUUAACGAAGGACUACAUAAUUCAUAGUGCCAAAAGUGGCAGAUGGCUUGAUGAAACAACUUAUGAAUGGGGAUAUAAAAUUGAAAAAGACUCACAUUAUUCACCUCAAAUGCAAUCUGCACCUAAAAGAUGGCGUGAAGAGCUGAAACGGACUGGUGCUCCAGGAGCUUUCCACAGAUGGAAAGUUGUCCUCCUUGUGAGGGCAGAUAAGCGAAGUGAUUCUCUUGUAAGAGUUUUGGAGGCUGGAAAGGCAAAUGUCAUUUUACCAAAAAAUUCUCCAAGUGGGAUAACUCAUGUGAUUGCCAGUAAUGCAAGAAUCAGUGCUGAGCAAGAGCAAAAGAACUUUAAGGCUCCGUUUUAUCCAAUUCAGUAUUUAGGGGAUUUUCUUUUAGAGAAAGAAAUUCAGAAUGAUGAAGAUUCCCAAACUAGUUCUGGUUGGACCAAAUACAGCAAUCAAGAAAAAAGCAAAGAUCUUAAGAAAGACACAGGAUUUCUUGAAAUGAAAGCUGCUGGAGACAGAAGAAUGUAUAGAACCCAGAACAAAAUGGAAAAUCAUGAUGAAAAUGUUGAUAGAUUUGCUCUGAGUCAACACAAAAAAGAAAAAUUCAGAGACUACAGAAAAGAUAUGAAAUCUGUUAAAAAGAGAAAUACAUUCAGAAGACAUACACAUGAGAAUCAGAAAGAAACUAAGAAAAAAGUUAAAAAUAUCCAAAGGACUUACAUUUUGAGGAAAAAGAACAAAAAAGAAGGAUAUUGCAAAACUGAUGAUGAGCAUGACACACUUAGAAGUCCUUUUCAAAAGCACGUGCAUGGCAGAGAUGAGAAAGAAAGGAAGAGUUCUCUUCUUACUGAUUAUGCCAAUGAGUCAAAAACCAAGGAUGUUAAGACAAAUGUGGAUCUCACGGAAGUAAAAAAUGCCUUAAAGAAGCAGAUAUACAGAGACAUAUAUAGAGCUCAGGCUGUUCGAUACAACUGCAUCACAGUAGAUAAACAGCCUGUAUACAAUGUAGAGGUUAAAAAUGCAGAGCUCCCCAGAGGGAUAUUAAACUUAAUUGAAAGCCUCAUAGAGGGACAGUUCUUUAAAGAAGCCAUUGAAGAACUUUCCUCUUUGCAAGCCCAUUAUGUCCCUCCUGUGUGCCUCCUCCAUGCCCUUCUAGAGAAUGUUCUGCAGGAUAGCAUAGACACCUUCUCUGGUCGGUACUUUCAUAUAUUGUCGGCUCUUCUCCAUCUGCACCCUCCUUGGAAGUCGCCAGCCAUGCUAAGGUACUACCUAGAGCUCUUUCAGUGUCCAGCCUGUAGGGGAGGAGCCUGGUCUCUGGUGGAAGUGCUGAUCAGGUCUUGCCUUUUCAAUGAAGGUUUCUGUCAUCAAAUAUCAGAAAAUAUUGGUUCUAAGGUGGUCCAUCUUACAUUGCUCAAGUUUUUCUUUAAUUUACUUGAAAGCGAAGUACGGCAUUUGAGUCAAAAGUUAUGUGACUGGUCAGAUUCUCAGAGUCUAAAGGUAACAGAAAAAGCAAUUCUUCUUGAAAUCUUUUGGUCAGGAAGUGAAACUUCAGGACUUUUGACAAGACCAGUAAAUAUGCUUUUGGAAUGGACUAUAUAUUCUCACAAGGAAAAAUGCAAGUCUAAUGAUGUCUUCAAACAUGAGCUAGCUUACUUACUGACUGGGAUUCUUGGAGCAGCAAUAGAUUAUUGGAUCUUCCUUGGUAUUCAGAUGGGUAGAAAUGUGAUCCGACACAUGUCUGAUGACUUAGGAAGUUAUAUCUCCCUUUCCUGUGAUGAUUUUUCUUCACAAGAACUAGAGACCCUCAUUUGUUCUUUCUCAUCUUCCUGGCUUCAGAUGUUUGUUGCAGAAGCCAUCUUCAAGAAGCUGUGCUUACAGGGCCCCACCAGUGUUUGCAUCACCGAGCCGCUCUCUCUCCAGAAAAUAAUAGACUCCUAUUUGCCUGUUUUGGGAGAAAUGGACAUACAUAGGGCUGGAAAGAUGCAGUUGCCAAAGAAAAUCGGCCAGCGGCCUUGCCUAGAGUCUCAGAGAGCGUUACUAAUGCUGAAUGGCGCAAAGCAAAAACAAGCUGACGGUCGGCCAGAAUUUCCAGAGUUGAACCGUGCUAAAUGUUCCUCGUCAUUGAAAAAAUUGAAGAAGAAGUCAGAAGGAGAAUUGUCAUGUUCCAAGGAGAAUUGCCCCUCUUUGAUUACAAAGAUGAAUUUUCACAAAACUAAUCUAAAAGGGGAAACAGCUCUGCAUAGAGCUUGCAUAAAAAACCAAGUGGAGAAAUUGAUUUUUCUUCUCUCUCUGCCAGGAAUAGACAUCAAUGUUAAAGACAAUGCUGGCUGGACGCCUUUGCAUGAAGCCUGUAACUAUGGCAACACAGUGUGUGUCCAGGAAAUUUUGCAACGUUGUCCAGAGGUAGAUCUGUUCACUCAAGUGGACGGGGUGACUCCUUUGCAUGAUGCACUGUCAAACGGACAUGUAGAAAUUGGCAAGCUGCUCCUACAGCACGGGGGCCCAGAGCUUUUACAGCAGAGGAACUCUAAGGGGGAGUUGCCCUUGGAUUAUGUGCUGUCGCCUAAAGACAAAGAAGAACUAUUUGCCAUCACCAAUAUAGACGAUACACUGGACAACUUUCACGCUCAGACACAGAAACGUUUCUAUCAUCAGCAGCUUGAAUUUGGUUCAUUUUUACUUAGUAGGAUGUUGCUUAGUUUUUGUUCAAUAUUUGACUUAUCUUCGGAAUUCCUCCUAGCUUUCCAAGGGUUGGCUCAUCUGAGCGAGCUGCUUACGGCAUGCAGCAGUGACACAGAGCCCCCCAGUGCACACGCUGACUGGUUACUGGAUCUGUACGCUAGAAACACAGAGACAUUGAAGAGGCUCCCAGAUGUUCUUAAGGGAUUGCCAGCAAAGCUAAGUGGGAGUCCUGGAGUACACACUGAGGCCUUGUUGGUGACACUGGAAAUGAUGUGUCGGUCAGUCACAGAGGUGUCAUGAUGCCAGAAAAUGCGAGCCAGAUUCUAAACAUGCAACUUGCUUUGCCACUUAGGGUAGUCGUAGCUUAUGGACAAGGGAGAGACUUACAGCAGGUCUUCACAGCCCUUAAAAACAUCUGCAGAACUAGAAUAUGGGCUCCCUCUCCAGUGCUCAGAGUUUAACUCAGAAAGAUACAGUAGUAAAAUGAAGUAGUUUUGUUGGGUAUAAAAUGCUUUUAUUAAUCUUUAAAAUGCUUUGUUCUGAAAAUAUUUAUUUAUAUUGUUUAUGCAGAAAAUUAAAUAUUUUUCAUAUCAAAAUGUCCUUUCCUCUAAGCACUAUAGGUUUUAAAAUCAUGGUAAGGAUAUUCAUUAAAAUGUGUAUCUAUAUACUUGUGAAACUUGUUUCUCCUUUUUAGGCUAAUGUCUAAGAUGAACUUGCUUUUCUGUGUUUCUAAAAUAAACCUUUCUAGAAUUUUAAA